AUGGCACCGCCCGGCCAGAGGAUUUGGGAUUUCUCACCGCUGCAAGCUCAGCGGCAUAUCAUCAGCAUGUCAGAGCAGAACAGCCCAGCGCAUUCUAAGAACCUGUGUGAGGGGACGAACAAAUCCCCUUUCCGAGGCGGACAAGGGAUUGGAAGAUACUUUGCCACACCGGCCGAUCUUGAACGCCAAUUUGCCCUUAUAUCGCAGCGGAACAUCCCCUCGAACCCACACGAGGCCGCUGGCCAUAUGCUGGAUUACCAAGGACAGCUUCAUACCUCAUCAUCGGUUCAUGAAUCUCCAUAUACUGUUCUGCGUCCAGGCCAACCUCGCAUGCUGAGUCCCCCUCCAGGAUUGAAUGAAGGUCCCUCAACGCCAUACCAGACCUUCUCUUCUGCGAUCGACGCCUACCGAGCGGGCAGUCAAGGACGCGGCCAAUCCCCCUCCGCCCCCUCCUUUCAAGGAGGCUCGCAACAUGGUCCUCCAGAACAAUGCAUGGCACAACAAGCGCACCACCCCGAAUUAGCAGAACUACCCGUUGACAGCCGCAAGCGUUAUGCAGAUAGACUAGAAGAAAACGAUACAAUGAAUCACUUUUUAUCUGCAACGGCUAUACCUGCUCCCCUGCCUAAGAAUCAGAGGAGGAAGUCGAACAAGCCGCCUGCUACCACAACAGCACAGGCCACAGGCGAAUUUUCCACGGUUGAUCUCGCAUCCACGCAUGAAAAGCGGACGAGCGCCCCGAAACAGCCAUGUGUUGCGACAGCAGGACAAAAUGGAGAUCACCCUGAACUGCUUGCCAAGCUCCCUCCAACAACCCCAGCUCCAGAUUCCCCGAUCUACCGCCUUUCCGAUCCCCUCCAAGGCCUCCGCAAGGUGCUCGGCGAGCCAAGAUGGCAACAGUUCCUCCAACUCGUGGAGCAGUACGUGGGCGAGACUAUUGACGAGCCUCGACUCAUCCAUGGCCAGCGGCGCAUAUUCCACGGCCAGAAUCCGAUGGUCGAGAAGAAGUGUCGACGUUUGACGGAAAAGAUGGUUCGUGAGGCGCGAGAGGCACAGGGCGGCAUGUAG